UCUCGGUCGUCGUCCAAAAUUCCGAGGGCAUGGCUCUGCUCAAGUGCCGCAUCACCGAGCGCCGAGAGUCGUCGUCGGUCGGCCCCGCCAAGUCGGCCAAGUUCCGGGUCGAGUUCAGCUCGCACACCGGGUCGACCUCGUCGUCGCCCCAGCUCGGCAGCCAGCCGCCCAACCCGUCGUCGUCGUCGACGCCGUCGGCGAGCGCGCACGAGCUGCGCCAGCAGUACCCGACGGUCGUCACGCUCGUCAUGGAGAAGGGCGCGCACUCGACGUUCAAGGCGACGUACAACCGCCUGCGGCACCGGUGGGUGCUCGACGACCCGCGGUCGCAGGGCAGCAACGCGCUCGUCAACGCCGUGAGGCUCAUCCCGAGCCCGAUGCCGUCGCCGCACCUCGGCGGGCCCAGGUCGCCCAUGCUCGCCUGAGCGUCUCCCUCCCUCUUUCUCCCCGAUCUCUCUCUCUCUCCGUGUCUCUCCUCUCGCGCAUCUGCCUUGCCUAUACCACGCCAUCU